AUGUCUCGCUUCACUUGGGCUCCUUCAGCUUACCGUUUGCUAAAUGGUGUAUUAUGUGUUUACAAGCCAGCAGAGGUUCCAGCUAGGAAAGUCGUGGAAACAGUAAAACUCAAUUUAGCAAGGGAGCUGAAUGCUCUUCCCUGUUACCAGCAUGAGAUUCCCUUGGGACAGGCUGGAGUGACAGAAAACAUCAGUGUCAAGGAUGUGUCAAAGGAAACACAGACAGAGGCCAUUGUUGACUGGUCCGAGCACCGAUUAGUUCUGGGAAAUCGAUAUGAAAAAACAGAUUUCAAAAUUCAGUUUGUAGAUGGCAUUUCGGCGAACACUUCUGGAAUUUUCCUUAUGGGCAUUGGUAAAUUUGGAAUGGAAAGUGUAAAUAUGAUAGCACAGUCCAAGUUUCUCAGGGUAUAUCAUGUGAAAGGCAGGCUUGGCUGGGCAACUGAUAACUUCACUCCCGUUGGACACAUCAUUGAAAGAACCAGUUUUAAACAUGUAAGUCGGCCAAAACUGGACAAAGUCUGUGCAGCUGCCCAGGCAAAUCAUACCAGACAGAUGUACAGGUUGCAUGGUGUGAACCCUGACAGUCAAGAAGCAUACGAAAUGGCAGCCCAGGGUCUGAUUAGACCUUCUGCCCGGAAAAGUGAGCCUGUUCUGUAUGGAGUCAAGUGUAUAGAUUUUCAGCCUCCUGAUUUUACUCUUGAAAUACACUGCAUUAAUGAAACAUGUCAGUAUCUCCGAUGUUUGGUCCACGAACUUGCCCUUAAGUUGAAAACCACAGCUGUCUGCAGCGGCAUUCGUCGAUUGCGGUAUGGCUUCUUUGACACCCAGAGAGCCCUGAUAUCUCGUCAGUGGCAUCUUGACCAUAUUGUUGACAAUAUUGACAGUAAUAUGGACCUUUUAACGCCAGAUAGGAUGUUUGUGGGGACCCAAGCCGAGAAGGUGGAGCUGCUGCCUCCUGAUCAUUCCGCUGGCUACUUACCUGAAGAUCAGCUCAUGAUUGACCAUGGCCAGGAUCUUCUGGAAGACUCUGCACUGACCACUGGCCCUGACUGCGUGCUUGAAAAUGGACAGUUUAAAAAAAAAUGA